CGUACAUACAAGUACUUUGCACGUCUUGGAAUUUGCUCUCAUGAUUUAUCCCCGCAUUGUUUUACUGCCAUUACAAUCGAAGCUUAUACGUGAGCCGCAUCUCUGAUAAAUGGAAUAUUAAUUAUUUCACGGUGAACAUUGUGCGUCUCUUUUGACCUCACUACUGUAAAUCCUUUGAUUUGAGAACUCCUUUCUUCGCCCAUUGUCAUUACGAGUCAUUAUACAAUCACUCGUCGAAGUACACUCAAUAGAACACGGGCCGUUCGACGCCUGGUAUCACUUUGUUUCUCGAAUUCACUCGCAAUUUCAUCCGACUUGCCCGAUAUAACGAAGUUACAGCUUUAUUACCUCCGCGAUGAUUCCGGCGGUUCGCCUGCUCGCACACAACACGCGACGCUUCCCUACGUCUCCGGUUGCGUGCGCGGUGCGCGCGAAACUAAUGUGGCAACCGGAAACCGUCAGAUUUGAAAGUUCAAUUCUACCUAUGCCGUUGCGCGGUGGAUCGUGGUGAUUUGUAGGAAAGAGAUUCGUCAACUUACGCUUCGAACCCACGGUACUACUAUUGAAACCAUCUCCAUGGUACGAAUUAGAAUCGGGUUCGACUGACACACGCGGCAGGUGGAAAAACGAGAAAAUGAAAAUUGAGCGUGGAAGUGCGGUGGUACAGAAAUGCACGUCCGUACUUCCGUCGUCUGCUCUGCAGGUCACCCGGUACGUUGGUCAUUAUAUCCCCGAGCUGCACGUGACGGACGAUUCACUCUUACAGACGUGAGUCUCCGUUGAUAUGAUAGCCGAAGCGAAAUAUUGGUGGAAGAUAUUUCACGUCAAUGAAUAUAAAUCUAUCCUCGCCGCGCUGGCCGCUCACUCCGGGCAAAUAUCGGUUGGGCUUUCCCAGGGGUUCAGCGCCGUACUGAUUCCGAAGCUCCUCGAGUCCGGUUUCGCAACCGAGUCCGAAGCCUCCUGGGUCGCCUCCCUCGGCAUCGUUUCAAAUCCAAUCGGCGCCCUGGCCGCUGGCGUCGCGGCGGAGCUCUUCGGCCGUCGCGCCGUCGUCGCCUUGGCGACGCUCCCCCAUGCCGCUGGAUGGCUCUUCAUUGCCCUGGCGACCAACGUCCCGCUCCUCUACACCGGCCGUUUCGUCAGCGGCCUGGGCGCCGGAAUGGCCAACGGGCUGUACCUCUACGUCAGCGAGGUCGCAGCGCCUGAACAACGCGGUUGGCUGGCGAGUUCCGGGCCGGCGGUCGUCUCCCUUGGAGUCCUGAUGGCCUACAGUCUGGGUGCCUUGACCACGUGGCAAAGGGCUGCUGCGAUCAGUAUCGCCCCAGCGAUUGUGUCGCUUGCUCUGGUGAGACUCCUUCCGGAAACGCCGGCCUGGCUAGCAGCGAAGGGUCGAACGGCCGACGCGAGAAAGUCGUUGCUGUGGCUGAGGGGUCCGGGGGUUUUGACGGAAGCGGAACACAGCGAGCUCUGCAAGUCUAACGUGGAGAAUCAGCGAAGGGCAGGAGGCGGCCUCCUGAAGGCGCUCUACAAGCCGAACGUGUGGAAACCCUUUCUGACCCUAUUCUUCUUCUUCGCCCUCCAACAGUUGUCAGGAAUAUACGUGAUCCUCUUCUACGCGGUCACGGUCCUCCAAGACAUCGGCGUGAGCAUUGACGAGUAUGCGGCGAGCGUCGCGAUCGGGGGAGUCCGGCUCUUCUCGGCGAUACUUGGCGCGGGCCUCGCCAGGUCCGUGGGGCGAAAGAAGCUCGCCUGCGUCAGCGGCCUGGGAAUGGCGGUGUUCGCCGCAGGCGUCGCCCUUUCGAUGAGGUACGCCAUGCCCUCCUGGGUCCCCCUGAUGUGCAUCGGGGGCCACGUUGGUUUUUCAAUGAUCGGCUACCUCACACUGCCUUGGGUGAUGACCUCGGAGCUUUACCUGCUCCGUUUCCGGGGUCCUCUGAGUGGCCUGACGACGGGACUCGCCCAAAUGAUGACCUUCGCUGCUGUCAAGACGUACCCCGACUUGCGGACAGCGAUUGGCCUUGAGAUGACCAUGUGGAUAUUCAGCACUUCGGGACUAAUCGGUGCGAUAUUUGCGAUGACGAUAUUGCCCGAAACGAAGGGUCGGAGUCUUAAUCAAAUCGAGAACGAAUUCGCCAAGAACACCCAACCCGAGGUAACCACCGUCGAUGUGCAAUCUCGGAUAAGAAACAACAGCCUUCCGAGGUUCAGGUCCGUUUCCGAGGACAGAUCACACGGUGAUCCCGUCGGUAUUCAAAGUAGCGCCCACUGGAGGAACGUCUUUGCGUACGACAAUCUCGGGCUCGACGUCACCCUUGAUAAUCCUAAGAAAAUCAAGGAGGAACAUGGGAAAGUUCAAUCUAUCUUGGACAGUGGUGAGCCCAGUAACCGAAAGAUAUCGGUAGAAGGUGAGCAGGUCAACGCAGCUUCCAGCUACGAGCAUGUCUACGUAUGACAGAAAAAAUUUACCAUGUGAUCUCGUCUCAUUGUCAACAUUUUACCACCGCGCACAUUAAUCGUGGUGUUUAUCCACUUGCAUAAUAUCGUACGCAGUUUGUAGCCUAUAUCUUUUAGGUUUUUCACCACGGGCUGCGGAGAUACUUGUAAGAAUUUUUCUAGAUGCAACAGGGUUGCCCGCUCAAGCAUCGUCGGACAUUCUUCUUGAGCAUAUAGAUCUAUACUGUCCUUGUGGAACAAAAAGUUCUGUACGAUAAGAGAUUUUAUUCGUCACGUGAUCCGCAACGUUUGGCGUGGUAAUAAUUUUUGAUUACAGAAAGAAACCUAGCGUUUGACUUUUAACGGAACGAUACGAUUAUUUUCACGGAAAUAUUGACAACCGCCACUCUCGAAUUUUACUACAAAAAUACAAAGACCGUCAAGUAAUUUUAAUAUGCAGUAAUGUUGACCGUCGAUCAUUGAAACGACCCGUUCGUGGAAUCCUGUUAAUUUUUUAGCUGAUCAGUAUUAGGUAAGAAUGAAAUGAAUAAAUAUACAAUUAAGUGUUUUGUAUACAUAUUGAUGUGUACAGAGUACCCUUACUAGGUAUGUAUACCUACACUUGGGAACAGUUUGUCGUCCAUAAGGAAUCCAAUUGGUAUUCGGAAUAUUUGUUUGUUAUCGUUAAAUUGUUAUAACUUAUUUAUAUAUGGUAUAUGAUGCAUCACGGCAAUUGGGCGUGAAUAUGCGCAACAUAUAAGAGUUGAUUUAAAUUAGUAUAUUUACUUUGAAUCUGAAACGUAGAUAUAUUUGUCACAAGUGAUACCUAGCAUAAGUGCAUAAAUAUAAUUUAUUAAACUCUUAUCUCAAUACUUA